GGAAACCCGAGGACUGGAGAUGGGGCGGGGCGAGCUCGGAGAGCGCCUGCGCGCCGCGAGGAGCCGCAGUCUCGAGCGCCAAGGUGGUCUCUCGGUUGUCUUUGGCAAACCUCUCCCGUGAGCCCGACGUCGUUGGACUGCACCCAGGGCGGGGACGUCCCACGGGCACAGGGGAGAGCUACGAUGCCGAGCAAUAAAUCAGAGAAGCCGGAAAGCUGUGAUAAUGUGAAGGUGGUGGUUAGGUGCCGGCCCCUCAAUGAAAGAGAGAAAUCAAUGUGCUACAAACAGGCUGUCAGUGUGGAUGAGAUGAGGGGAACUAUCACUGUACAUAAGACUGAUUCUUCCAAUGAACCUCCGAAGACAUUUACUUUUGAUACUGUUUUUGGACCAGAGAGUAAGCAACUUGAUGUUUAUAACUUAACUGCAAGGCCUAUUAUUGAUUCUGUUCUUGAAGGCUACAAUGGAACAAUUUUUGCAUAUGGACAAACUGGAACAGGCAAAACUUUUACCAUGGAAGGUGUUCGAGCUGUUCCUGAACUUAGAGGAAUCAUUCCAAAUUCAUUUGCUCACAUAUUUGGUCAUAUUGCAAAAGCAGAGGGUGAUACAAGAUUUUUGGUUCGCGUGUCUUAUUUGGAAAUAUAUAAUGAAGAAGUUCGGGACCUUUUGGGCAAGGAUCAGACACAGAGGUUAGAGGUUAAAGAAAGACCUGAUGUGGGAGUUUAUAUCAAAGAUUUAUCAGCUUAUGUGGUAAAUAAUGCUGAUGAUAUGGAUAGAAUUAUGACACUAGGCCACAAGAAUCGUUCUGUUGGUGCAACUAAUAUGAAUGAACAUAGUUCCCGAUCCCAUGCCAUCUUUACAAUUACUAUAGAAUGCAGUGAAAAAGGCAUUGAUGGUAACAUGCAUGUCAGGAUGGGGAAGCUCCAUCUUGUAGAUCUUGCUGGUUCAGAAAGACAAGCAAAAACUGGAGCUACUGGACAACGCCUAAAGGAAGCUACAAAAAUCAAUCUUUCACUUUCCACCCUUGGUAAUGUAAUUUCUGCCUUGGUUGAUGGAAAAAGCACUCAUGUGCCGUAUCGUAAUUCCAAAUUGACUCGUCUUCUUCAGGAUUCUUUGGGAGGAAAUUCAAAAACCAUGAUGUGUGCAAAUAUUGGGCCAGCAGAUUACAAUUAUGAUGAAACUAUCAGUACAUUACGGUAUGCUAACCGUGCUAAGAAUAUUAAAAAUAAAGCUAGAAUUAAUGAAGAUCCAAAGGAUGCUUUGCUUCGUCAGUUUCAGAAAGAAAUAGAAGAACUGAAAAAAAAGCUUGAAGAAGGAGAAGAAAUAUCAGGCUCUGAUAUCAGUGGUUCAGAAGAGGAUGACGAUGAAGAGGGUGAGGUUGGAGAAGAUGGGGAGAAAAGGAAAAAAAGGAGGGGUAACAGCAGAAGCUUGGGCGCCACCUGUUCUGCCCUAGAGAGGCCUCUGGAUGAGUCCCUCCUAGUGAACCAAGCAGGUAAAAAGAAAGUCUCCCCAGAUAAGAUGGUUGAAAUGCAAGCAAAAAUUGAUGAAGAGAGAAAAGCACUUGAAACAAAGCUUGACAUGGAAGAGGAGGAAAGAAACAAGGCUAGAGCAGAAUUAGAGAAACGGGAAAAAGAUCUUCUUAAGGCCCAACAAGAGCAUCAGUCUUUGCUAGAAAAAUUAUCUGCCCUGGAGAAGAAAGUAAUUGUUGGUGGGGUUGAUUUGUUGGCGAAAGCUGAGGAACAAGAGAAACUUCUUGAAGAAUCUAAUAUGGAACUGGAAGAAAGGAGGAAAAGAGCAGAGCAACUUCGUAGAGAACUUGAGGAAAAAGAGCAAGAGCGCUUGGAUAUUGAAGAAAAAUACACCAGUUUGCAAGAGGAAGCUCAGGGAAAGACCAAGAAAUUAAAGAAAGUUUGGACUAUGCUGAUGGCUGCAAAGUCAGAGAUGGCUGAUCUCCAGCAAGAACAUCAGAGGGAAAUUGAAGGCUUACUGGAGAACAUUCGACAACUUAGCCGGGAGCUUCGACUUCAGAUGCUUAUUAUUGAUAACUUUAUACCUAAGGAUUACCAGGAAAUGAUUGAAAAUUAUGUCCAUUGGAAUGAAGACAUAGGAGAAUGGCAGCUAAAAUGUGUUGCCUAUACAGGAAAUAACAUGAGGAAGCAGACUCCAGUCCCUGAUAAAAAAGAGAAGGAUCCCUUUGAAGUGGACCUUUCCCAUGUGUAUCUUGCCUAUACCGAGGAGAGCCUACGGCAGUCCUUGAUGAAAUUAGAGAGGCCUCGGACUGCAAAGGGAAAAGCGAGGCCAAAGACGGGGAGAAGAAAGCGUUCUGCAAAGCCUGAAACUGUAAUUGACUCUUUACUUCAGUAAAUGUUACAGACUCAAUCACAAUAAAAAUUAGUGAUAUUUUCUUGCCUGGACAGAAAUCUUUAAAACACUGAAAAUUUUUGUGUAAUUUCAAAUAACAGAAGCUAUAAAUCAUGGAGUAAGAGUGGAACUAAUAAUUUGCCUAGUAACUUUAAGUUUCUUUAUAUUAAUAUAAUAUUAAAAUUGUACAACUGGUAAUUCAAAUUGUUGUAUUACUCUUCAGUUUAUACUGUGCAGUGACGUUGGGGAAACAGCUCAUGCUAUGGAGGAUUGCAGUUUGAGUGUAUACAUGUAUCUGCUAAUAAUUAACUACCAUAUAUACCAAUAACCAGAUAGUCAAAACAGCAAAAAAUGUAUGUGGCCUGAUUGCACACAGAAAGUAGUAGAUCUGCUUAUCCUGUAUUGUCCUGUUGUAUAUGAAUGUAUGGGUUGCAUAUCUAAGAAAUGAUUGAAUACUAACACCCACCCAGCUUGUUAAAUAUGUUCCAAUUUUUAUACUAACAUUCAUUGUAUUUUAGGUAUUAGAUGACUAAUCUUAUUGAUCUGCAGAAAAUUUUGUAAUUCAACAGCUAGUAUUUGGAAAUACAAUGUUUAAAAAACAAGAAUUGAACGCCGUUUCAUCUGGACCUCUCUUGACCUUUUUUGCCACUUUGACUUCAAGUGUAAAAUGCUUUUUUGUUUUGGUUUCAUGGUCUCCUGAAACAUUGAAUUUGUACCUAAAUAUGAAGAAGUCACAGUUGCACAAAAUUAAGAAGCUAAAUACUGGUUACUAAUCUUUGCCCAUAUGUGUAUAUUUUUUAAAGUUCAGUUUGAAGUAUGACUAAUGGAUGCUAUCUUGUGUCUGAGUUCUAAAUUUUGGUAGAAAUUGCUCUGUACCUUCCAGUUGAGAAAGGUCUCCAUUUUCCAGAAAAAGCAACCAAACCAAGAAAAAUACCUUUUAAUCCUUUGCCUUUAAAACGCUGUUUUUCUUCAUAUUUUAUAAGUAGAAAAUAUUCUUCCUUGAACUUCUUCUUUUGACAAAACUAAUUAGACCAUGUUCCUCUAAAAAUAAAAAUUAUUUUUAUUUUAUAGCAAAAUAAAUUGUUAAGUGUUAGAUUGUUUCUUUUAUUGGCUGCUUACAAUUCUUAAGUUUUGCUACCCCUGAACCAUUAAUAUAUCUUCUGUGAGUUUUAAAAUUAUGUAAUCAGCCCUGACACACAUUGUUUGCAAGCUUUGAGACUUCAUAAAUUAGUAUUUAUAAAAUUAACAUGAAUGUUUUUAAUUAUAAAGCUGUAGAAUAAGGAUGAGUGUAGGUGACUUACUUUUGAGAUGGUGGUAAAAGUGUGCCCAGAAGUUUAAAGUACAUUCCAAAGGUGAUGUACUAAAGGUGGUACCCUGUGUAUGGUGAAUAUUUUCUAGGUGAUAAGAAUUGCAUUUAACUGGCAGCAUUUUCUUUGUAAUAUGUAAGAUAGAUAGAAGUUUAUAAUUUUAAUCUGUGAGGCAUUGUUUAGGUACUAUGAAGACCUGAGGUGAAUUGUGUAUUGUAAAAGCUUUGUGUGAGAAGAAUAUCUUGGCAAUUGUAGAUGCAUAUUUAACUGUUAGUAAUUACUCGAGAGAAAUCUUAAUUUUGCCAAUAGAAAAAGAAGAGGAAUACUUCUUUUAAAAGUCCAUGUUUCUAGCCAUUAAUCGUCCAGUUAAUAGGAAAGGAAUAACAUUGCAUUAAGCUUUAAAACAUUAUAGAAAGUUGAAGCCAGUGUGUUAGAUUUUAUUUCUAUUCCACUACAUUGCAGGGGAAAAAAAUGAAAAAAAGAAAUCUAUAAAAAGUCAACACACCGAGAAAUUUGAAAAACAGGCUGCUUUAGCAUUUUUAAAAAAGCAUUUACAUUAGAACUGAUUAUACCAGAAGGACAUUAUUCAUCUUUUGAAAUACCAAAAUGAGAUAUUUGAGCCAGGCCUGAAUAUCCAUAUGAAAACACAAGACACUGACUUUACAACUGUUCGUGUAGUUUCAAGUGUAGCAGUUCUUGUGGUUUCUUCACAUUUACUAUACCUUUGUCCACAAAUGAAAUCUUUUGUUACUUCAGUGUUAAUUUCAUGAAAGGAUGUAGAUAAACUUGCUCAUUAUUUGAAAUAAGUAAUAGAUUUAAAUGUCACAUAUAAGUAGGUUAUUGAGUGGGUAUUUUUUUCCUCUUUAAAAAAGUAGUAUUUAUUUAUUAAAAGGAGCUUGGUAGAAUGUUAUUUGUAGUAUAUUCUUUAAUAAACCAUAUAUAAUUAUAUACGCUAAUAAUGAGGAUAUUAAAAUAGUCUUCAUUUUUUUUGUAAAGUUCUUGAAAAGUAUAAGAUUGUAAUCAGGGGUGGGGCUGGUCUGCAUCUAUGUGUUUGCUCCACAAGUAGAAACUAUUUGAUAAGCUAUGUCAUCUAAUUUCUGAGAAAAGGGGACCUUUUUUUUUUCAGCAAGAACUUUAAGGUUACUUGGGGGGUGCUGCUUCAUCUGUAACAUGCUUUUAAAAUUAUGAUUAUUGUUUGGGGGUUGUUUUUUGUUUUGUUUCUUUUUAGUCUUUUAAAAAUAUCUUUCCCCUUAACUCAAGGAAAGUCCCUCUCUUUCCUACAGGGCUGUGAAUUUGGAGUGGGUAGAGUUUACAUUUAAGCACGCCAGUGUCUGUUCAGUUUCUUAAUGUAUACAUCUGUUUUCCUUUUUAGUUAUUUUUUGUUUUUAAAAUGCUAGAAGAAAACAUAGAUCUUCCUAGUGCCUUUGAACUUAUACUGUAAUCUAAUUUAAAUAAUUAAUUUAAUAGCAUUACUUCAAUAGCAUUACUCUAAUACUGUAUACUGGCCAAAAUGACAAGUUGUACAAUGGGGUUUGUUGCAUUUAUUUAAAAAGCCACACUUCAUUUGUAUUUUAUGUAUAAAUUGUGUUGUUCAAUUUGUAUAUAUUGAUAUUGUGUGUAUACAUUCAGCAUGGCUAAAUAAAUAAAAAUCUUCACCUAA